AUGCUAAAGUUGGACCAUGACCGGCUCAUCGAUGAGAAUGUUGCGUUAACAGUUGAGAUUCAGAACCUCAGGGCUACUCAGAAAAGCAAUGGGCCCCCUUCUGACAAUGAUGAUGGGUUAUCGGAUAUCUCAACGGAUGCAGCUCGAAAGAGACUGCUUCGCAUGGUGAAACGCGCUGCUGAUGGGUCGUUGCAAGUGCCAGAAGAUAUCCAUAAGCAGUACAUGAUGGGUGGCCGUGCCGAAAAGGCCAAACUGCUCAAGAUGUUCAUUGACAGUGGUUUCGACAAGGAGAGAUUCAUCCAAAAUGUCCAGAUGACCGAAGAGGACAAGGAACAGGUGAAGUUCAGAUGUUGGGCAGGGUGGGACCGCUAUGAGAACGAACAGCUUUAUUGGAUUGAGGAGGAGCUGGAGGCGGAAUGGGCAAAAACCACAGCCAGGUCCAGGCGCAGUGAGACCGAGUAUCAAACCAGCGCCGGGGCAUCAGCAGCUUUUGAGUCAUCCUUGGCUGGAUUGUCCAUGGCACCAGAUGGGGUUCGGCCAGAAGGUCAGAGUUGUAAAACCAAUGAAAAAAUUUCAGUAUAA